AUGGAGACGGUGUCCUGUUCCACUCUAAAUCAAAUGCCAUUUCUUUCUGUUCCAAGAACUUCGACUCCUCCUUCAGUUUUCAGUAAAGGGUCAGCUCUGCCUUGCCACAGUAAAAGAUCUUUUGUUCCAAAUCAAGGGGGCAGGAGACUUUUCGUCACUCGGGCUUCGGUUGCUGUGGAACAGCAACUUCAACGGACUAAGACUGCUGUUAUUAGGAUUGGGACCAGAGGAAGUCCACUUGCUCUUGCACAAGCUCAUGAGACACGGGAUAAACUAAUAGCUUCUCAUCCCGAGUUGGCCGAGGAAGGGGCUAUUCAGAUUGUCAUCAUAAAAACGACAGGUGACAAAAUAUUAAGCCAGCCUCUGGCAGACAUUGGUGGGAAGGGCUUGUUCACUAAAGAAAUAGAUGAGGCUCUUCUUAAUGCAGACAUCGAUAUUGCUGUUCACUCAAUGAAAGAUGUUCCCACAUAUCUCCCAGAAAAAACCAUUUUGCCUUGCAAUCUUCCCCGUGAAGAUGUGCGGGAUGCUUUUAUUUCUCUAUCUGCUACUUCACUGGCCGAUCUGCCUGCAGGAGCGACAAUUGGCACCGCUUCCCUGAGGAGGAAAUCACAAAUCCUUCAUCGUUAUCCUUCACUUAAGGUGCUUGAAAACUUUCGGGGGAAUGUUCAGACUAGGUUAAAAAAACUAAACGAAGGAGUUGUGCAAGCUACAUUGUUGGCAUUAGCCGGCCUAAAACGUCUGAGUAUGACUGAAAAUGUAACUUCAAUUCUUUCUAUUGAUGAUAUGCUUCCAGCUGUUGCUCAAGGAGCCAUUGGCAUUGCAUGUAGAAGCGAUGAUGACAAGAUGGCAAAUUACUUAGCCUCAUUGAACCAUGAGGAGACAAGAUUGGCUGUUGCAUGCGAGAGGGCUUUUCUGGAAACACUUGAUGGCUCUUGUCGUACUCCUAUCGCUGGGUAUGCAUCACGAGAUGAGGAUGGAAACUGCUUUUUCAGAGGACUAGUGGCUUCCCCAGAUGGAACCCGAGUACUUGAAACCUCUAGGAAAGGCCCAUAUGCAUUUGAAGACAUGGUCUCAAUGGGAAAGGAUGCUGGGAAGGAACUUCUCGCCAAGGCUGGUCCAGGUUUUUUUGAUAGUUGA